AGAUAAGAUUAGUGGAAAAGAAACUUUUCGGAAUUAAAUGAGGAUCUAUAUCCUGCUGACUUUAUUGGGAACACUCGCCAAAGAAUCGACGUCCUUUAGUAUUAAUUUGGACGGAGCCUCAGACGCGAACUAUGAAUCUACAGUGGAGUGUGCCUCCCCACUUAUAGAAGUAGACGGGUUAUGUAAGGAGUGCUCAGCUGGAACCUACAUCGGCACCUCAGACUGUAUUGACUGUCCGAUUGGUACCUACACAGACACAGUCAGUCAAUCCUCCUGUACUGCCUGUGGAGGUGGUACCAGCACAAUGAGUAUCGGCUCCACCGCCUCCAGUGACUGCAUAGCCAUAUGCACGGUCCCCACUGCAACCUUCUCGAGCAGUAUGUAUCCACUUGCUGGAACUAACGUGGCAACUGGUACCACAAUUACCACAUUCUGCCAGAAUGAGUACUAUAUCGAUGGUCAGAGUACUAAAACGGAAGCCUGCAGCACCACACCUACUAGUUGUAGUAAGGUGACAACAACAAUUGGACAGAGCGGCUACUUCACAGCUGGAUCUAACGUCCAGCUGACUUGUACUGUAGUUACUGGUGAUACUCUUACCUUAAACGAUCCGUCUAAAUGCUCUUGGACCGAAGGAGGCAUUGCCAUUCCCAAUUCCGGCGGGGCCUCGUUUAGUGCUCACACUACUGCUGCUAACACGUACGAGUGUGUGCAGACAUUAUCUGGAGUGACCUCCAGUAGCGCAGGUAUCUACGCUUGUUCUGCUGUUAUUGCCUCCAGAACUGAAAGUGCCAUCUCAACUGCUACCCUCAAUGUUCUGACUCUCACAUACGACACGGCACAAGUAGUAGAUAUCCUAGGAGUAUCUAUUCAGUUAACGUGUACAGCAACCAUGCCAGCCCCUCUUAGCGCUAUACUUACCUUCGAGUGGGAGAGAGAUGGAACCUUAGUUACAUCAGGUGUGAUCUCUGACUCAUACGGAACAACACGUGACAGUGUGUUGACUCUAUCUCCCCUGGCAAGUACUGACACUGCAAAGUACAAGUGUUUCGCUACCUACAGUAACAUCGGAGUCCUGGAGUCUUCAGAAAAACAAGUCGUCGCUGUCUAUAUCGCGUCGCCUAUACCUAACAGACAAGCAGUAGCAGCAACCAGUAUUACCCUUACCUGUAUAACGUACGGUACAGCUCAGACCAUCACUUGGACUACACCUCAAGGAUCAAAUGGUGGCUCACAAACAAGCUCCUCCACUACUGACGGCGUCAAAACCUUGACGAACGAGCUAGUGUUAGCAAAUGUUGAUAGCGCUACCUACGACGGAGCGUAUACCUGUGUUGUAGUCAAUGCUGGUAAAACUGUCACUUCAUCCGGCAACUUAAACGUUUACGCGGAUGGUUGGCGGUCCACACAGUCAGAUAUUGUUGGAGUUGUGGGUAGCGACAUCGUAUUGACUCUUAAUGCAGAUACUAACGGACCCGAUGCAACAACUUACGAUUCAAUAAUAUGGUACCACGACGGUAAAGGGAUACAUUCUGGUAUUGUAAACCAAGCCAGCACACCUACGGCUGCUUAUACCACUACUAGUCUCACUUUAUCCUCCGUCAUUAUCUCUGAUACUGGUUAUUAUUGGUGCGUCAUUACCUACGGUGAUAUUGGAGCCAUAACCUCUGACACCACCAGAGUCUUCAUAGAAGGAGUAAUAUCACACCCGGUCCACACUGCGGGGGACCUAGGAGAAUCUGUGACCUUCACUGCAGUAUUCACUGGAAAAACCACCACGCCAGCUCCCACCUGGGCAAAAAAGGCUCUUACCACCGGAGCCUUAUCGGAUCCUAACAUCCCCAGAUCAACAAUAACCCAAACUUAUGACUCAGCCACCCUCAGCUGGACCUCCAAACUUGUUAUAUCAACUCUGGAAACGGCUGAUGAGGCUGCGUACGCGUGUAAGAUAAUCUACGUCAGUUCAGUUCAUAUGGAGAUGACAACUGAUGCUGCGCUAUCUGUCUUCCACGCGGCAGUAGAACCCGCGUACGGGUUUGUGGGUAGUUCUUUAACACUGACAGCCAAGAUAACGGCUAAUGAGGAGGCGACCAACAUCGUGUGGUUCAAAAACAGCGCCCAUAUGACUGAUACGAUAAACAACGUCUAUGACGUCGGAACAGGAGUCACAACUUCUGAGAUCGUAUUCGGGUCUGCGGUCUCCGCUGGAGACAUCACCACCUACAAGGUCACCGCAGUGCUCGACAUCGCCAAGAUCAUCGUUCAGUCCCCUGAGAUAACUCUCAGCCAGAUUACUAUAACUGAGAACCCGACGGGAGGAGAUUACAUUGUGGGUGGUCAGGGUACCCUCACCUGCAAGUUCGGACCUUCCACUGUCUCCACAUUUGCUACCCCGACCAUCAAAUGGGUCAGAACCACUGACAACUUCGAAUUUGCCGGAACAAUAGAGGACACGUUUGAUAACUCGGUCUACACCUCACUGAUGAAAAUAUUCCCGGCUGCUGUUGGUGACGCGGGGAUCUGGAAGUGCGUUGUGACCCUCCAGGACUUUACUGGAUCUAUUGAGAGUUCUACUGCUACUGUUACUGUAUCAGGAAUAAUCACAUCGCCGACCUCUGACAAUGUCGUACAAGGAGCUCUUGUAACCUUAUCCUGUGUUGCCUCCACCCUGACAGAGCCGACUGUGGUCUGGAAAGAAGGACUUAGCUCCGAAAAUACAGUAACAGCUGGAUCGGGAACCUCCAUAACUAACACUUACUCUGGCACUUCCUUCACCAGCGUGUUGAUAUUUCAAUACACUGUGUCCACUACAGACACUUACGCGUGUGAAGUAACGGAUUCCUCCACCACCUACACGUCUUCAAAGGCCAACUUCACCCCCCUCGUGAUCACGAGUCAGCCUGCGGCUGUGAUAGCAAAGUCCGGUGACUCCCAAGCAGGUCCUAUUUCUUGCACCGCCUCCGAUCACAGCUCCCUUACUAUUUCCUGGUUUAAGGGAAGUACUGAACUGACGGAUACUAAUAAAUACUCCUUCUCGUCCACUUCCGGUGUAGGAGAAAUGACGGUGAUAAACGAUGUGAAUAUAGACGAUGCAGGUGACUACUACUGCAAGGCAGAGUACGCACAGAAUGGGAACUUCAACGGGGGUAGCGUUACCUCUAACUCCGCAACUCUCGAUAUUAUCAGCAUUGUUGACGAACCGUCUGAACUAAGAAAAUACUUCAAUACCGCAAUAUUCAAUACAGCGUACUCUCUUCCUCCGUGUGUUGCAAUUGGGCCCAAAGAGGCUGACACAGCUACCUGGACUUCCUAUGCAGAUAUGACCGCAACCACUUCCACCAAGACGUAUGAUCCUAACACCAAAAAGACCACGACCACUCUAUCGUGGGCAUCUAUACCGAAUGAUUUGAGUGGCAGUGCAUACAUCUGUACUAUAACAUAUGACGCUAACAGUGUCCAGAUUCCCUUUAUGAUGGAACCCACAUCUAAGGGCUUUGUGACCCACCCAACCUCAGUCGUCCAAUCAGGAACUGCAGUUACCUUCACCGCCGUUGUGGACGGCUCCCUGAGUUCCAUAUUGUAUAAAACAAUACUAUGGUACGGUGUUAUUCCGGGGUCCUCAUAUUAUGUCUCUUUAAGUGGAGUAGAUGGAUACACAAUUACUGUACCGACAGAGGCUUCCCUGACUUCAGAAUUGCGAAUAGACACAGCAAGUGUAACAGCUGAUUUAUACACGGCUUACGUGGCAGGGAUUUAUGUAACUUCAUCCACCAUGGCUUAUUCUACCGAAGCUUAUCUGUAUAAGCGAGAAAUAACAACGUCCCUGUUUGGACAUACUUAUUCACUUCCGGGGACGGCUUACACCAUUACUUGUACAUAUGAAGGUGACGCCACAGACAGCCUGAAAUGGUACAAGGAUGAUGUUGAAAUAGAACAAAUAGCAGGCAAGAUCAGCUCACAGAACACUUACUAUCAAAAUCUCAAACAGGUGUCGACGUUAUUCUUUGAGUCAUCCACAGCUUCGGAUUCUGGAUCUUACAAGUGUAGAGCUAUUACGACCGAUUCUACGGUGACCGUUGAUUCGGCUGCCACUUACAUUGGCUUCCCACGUUUUAUUCCUCCAAGUACUCUAUACACGACAGUCGGUUCUACUAUAUCAGUGUCCUGUACCCUAGAGCUUGACACUUUGUUGCAAUCCAGCUUCUCCAGCGGCGCGUCCUACUUAGUCAGGGACAGCACUUCGAUCUCCACUCUAAACCUGAUCGGUGGAUCUACAACCAGUACAACCCUGCUGCUAGCAGCAAAUGACGUAUCAUUGAAUUCUGCAAGUUUGUUCUCUCCAACGGUGUCCUACAAGUGCAAGGGCUACUUCACUGGAAAUAACAUUCCAUUUUAUUCAGCGACGUUCGACAUACGCCAACUUGAGAUAACCACAGCGCCAUCUGACGUGAACACAAUCGCUGGUGUUUCAGUGACCUUCACCUGCUCUGCCUCCAGUCCUACUGAUUACACUGCAGAUAUCAACUUCUACCUCUCAGCCGACCCUAUUACUGCUCUGACCAGUGGGGGAGACUACACAGUCAGCUCGAUAACUACAACUAACUUCAUCGCCACCAAGACCUUGUCACGUACAGCCACCACUGACGAGAGCUUUAAGUGCGCGGUAGUGUACAGCUCACUAGCUGUGGUUGGAGGGAGUAAUAUAGUCACUAGUAGUCCGGCUUCUAUCAACAUACUCGCGAACACUGGUGCCGCCACAGCCACCCUCAACGGGUAUGACGGAGUUGCCCUAACCCUCUCAUGUGCAUUCUCUUAUACCCCCACCUCGAUCACGUGGUCUAAAGACAACAUCCUUGUGGACACUACAGCUAACUCUGGUUACGAAAAAUCCUCUUCUGCACCUAACCACUAUCUCAAAAUAGUAUCUCCCCAAACUAGUGACGCAGGUUCCUACACGUGUGUCGCGGACUACGGAACAGCGACCGUUUCUGGAACCGUGACCACUCUAGCAAUCAAAGGGUUCAGCGUGGUACCGACCUAUACUAAAGUUGGGGCAGACGCCGCCUUCACCAUGUCCUGUACCAUAUCAGCUGGUCUGGGAACUAGCGGCAAUCUGGAAAUGUACAGAGCUCACCCCUCCUUCAUCUCAGGUUGGGCUACUGUUACUACGGGUGGCCUUAUAACCAUGGACCUGGAAGCCAAGGAGCUACAGAUCAAAACAGAUUCAGCCCCCAGUUCCAACGACAAGGUUAACGUAGAGUUCUACACCAGUCAGGACGCCAAGAUCGGCAGUCUUGAAAUAAAUUUCGCGGCAACACUUACCUACCAGGUAUCAGGGUGUCACUCGUCAGCGGUCACCUUCCCAAGCCCACCCACUACUGACUUGGAGAAAGUGUGGAGAAUAACGGAGAAGGCAGACCACACGGAACUGUACAUACAUUGUAAUGAUGAGCUGGUGGUGACCCUUACUUACAGUGGUGUAGCCAACUGUGGUUCUACCUAUAAUGAUGACAGCGCUAAAAUCAAAUUUGCGGCUGAUGAUACCGCUUCUGAUUCGUAUAGGAUAGUGGAUCCUCCCACAAGCGUAAUGAGUCAAACUCUGACCGACAGUGUACAAGCUCUCGAGUACACCAAGUCGACGGCUGUCAAUGACGACCUGGGAUCUUACUACUGUUCAGCCGACUCGAGAACUGUAGUUUCCCAGGCAGCAGAUCUGGUGAUUGUUGGUAUAACAACAGAUCCAGCUGCGGUAGUAGGUCAAGUUGGAGGAACUGCCACUUUCUCCUGUUCUGCUCGAUCCGAUACUGCAGCCUCCGGGUUCACGUGGCACGAUAAAAACGGUGCUAUAACAGUAGACAACUCCAAGUACGUGGAAACCAGGGAGUUCGACGUGUGCAGCUGUGAUACCUUCCUCUCUACUAGCAUCCUUACGAUCAACGAUUUGACGACCACUGACGGUAGCAACAGCAACUACAAAUGUGUGGCUAUAUACGGUUCAAUCAGCACGGAGUCAGCUGACGUUCCUAUUACUUUCAGAUAUGACGACUUCCCUGUUGUCUACGCUAGAAAAGACGAUCCCUCUGAAUUGAAAUGCGAAUGGACUGAUAAAAGUGUUGUCGCUGCCACCCUCACUAUAGAAUUAUUUUACAAAGAGACCUUAGACGGAUCAUGGAUACAGGUGUCAGGAACGCCAAGUAAUCACGAGUUGUCAUUUUCGAUUGACCCUACACCCAUGUCACUGGGAGAUAUAUAUUGGAAAUGUGAGUCGAGCAUAGGGGGAGUCACGUACACCAAAGAAAUGCAAAUGAUUGUAGUCGAGGAAAGCGUUUCCCCGGUAAUAGUACAAACCUUCACCUCCGGGGUGGGGGACUCUACGUUCACUUGCAAGUUCACUGCAAAUGGAGCUGUUAGUGCUGCCUCUGUCUCGUGGUACAAGGAGGAUAUUGAAAUCAUGGUCAAUGAGGGGGGUAAGUGCUGGACAUUUACUAAUUACUAG